GCCAUGGUUGCCAUGCCCAAACACUUCAGGCGCUAGCUAGCUACCAUGCUAGCCGUCUUCUCUACUUAACUGCUUAUCAAUUCAAAUGAGACAUAGAUUAUUUGUCAGUGAAAACCUGAACAAGGACUGCAAGCCUGGGCAGUAAAUAAAAGCACACAACGUCUUCCUUUGAGGAGAUGGACAGAGCUGGCAACAUCCCGCCUAGUGUGGCUGAGGAUGCUGAACACAAUGAUUGUCAUUCACUGUUGACCCUCUGUUGGAGCAGAACUGGACUGAAGCAUGUUUCAGAAAGUAUUUUGAAACACAACCAGCUGAAGUAUUUAUACCUUGAAGGGAAUCAGAUACACAGUCUCCCAAAUUCCAUGUUCACCGACCUCCCUAACCUGCUGUGGCUGGACCUCAGGAAUAACCAAGUUGGAUCACUCCCUGCUGAAAUUGGAUUGCACAAAUCCCUGCAAACAUUACUACUAGAAGAGAAUCCCAUUUCGGAGCUUCCAUCAGAACUUGGAAAUUUGGUUAGCCUCAAAGGACUUAACUUGAGGAAGUGCCCCAUCACUUUCCCUCCACCUGACAUUGUGCACGAGGGCCUCCAGUCUAUCCUCCAUUAUCUGAGGAGGGCUAUGGUUAAGCAGCCAGAGAGUGGGACCCCUCCAGCAUUACCAAAGGUGGAGAACCUCCAGCUGUCAGACCUUGCGGGCUCCAGUAUGGAGGAGCACGAUGGGUCAGUGGAUGCGGAUCAGCCACCACAGUUCAAGCAACACAGACACAAGGGUUUCCACGUGGACAAAGCAUAUCUGUCCUCUAUGGUUCAGGGAAACCCAAAUCUGCAUCAUCUUCUUUUUAUUAAGAGAAAAAAGGUGACUGCAAAGGCCAGCGUGAAUCGGGAGUCCACCCUGUUUCAUAAUCAGGACUGGAAAAGACCAAAAGAAAGGAGACAUCCAGCAAUGACAGCGCUGGAAGACAAACAAUCUAUUCUCAAGCCAAGGAAAAAAAUAACUUUAACGUGGUGUUCAAAACCAAAGAGCAUGCAGCAGAAGAGCCAAGUGGGGCAGGAAAGACAAACCAAGGAGGUAGAUGACAACAGCAGUCAACCUCGGAGUAAAACGUCUGACUCAUCCAUCAAAUGGCCUGAGGAGCACAGCUCAGAUGAGAAACAUCUGGAAUGGCAGAUCAGUGCCCAUGCUGAUGAAAAAAAGAUGCAGAGAGGCGUGCUACAGAGGGACACAGCUGCUAUGCACGUUGCUUCAGCACAUCAGGGUGGCGAAGAGUGCCAGAAAAAGUUACCAAUUCGUGGAGGACACAACGGAAAUUAUUUGGCAAUGUUCACAGAAGACAUGUGGCCGUUUAUACUGGACAAAUGACCGUGAUGAACACAUUUCCAAUCAAAAUGAUUGUGAUCACACUAAUCCAUUCAUAAAUGACUUGGGGACAUUUAGGUUUACAGUAAAGAUGGGCGAUACAGUAGAUUCCGGCUUUUCGCUGGGAUUUACAUUGUGGAACCACCAGCGAAUGGUGAAAAUUCACGAGUAAUUGAAACGCCGAUAUAAAUGUUUAUUUUAAAUACACGGCUCUCUUCCUCCCACCCCCAAACACUACAGCUAGCUACAGUUGAUGUUCUUCUCUGAUUUUAGAUCAAUAUUUGCUAUAAAAGUGCAGUUACACUGCAACCCCGGUUAGCGUGCAACAUGGCACGCGUCUUUUCGUCUUAUGAAGACACUGUGUGAGUCCAGCCGGAAGUCAUUGCUCCCUAGCUCCGUCGCCCGACUAUGAUGUAAUCAGCGGUUCACUCUGUACUUCUUUGCUAACUAACACAGUUAGUCUAAAUUUUCUUAUUGAUCACGUCUACAAAAUAACCCACAGUGGAGCCACAGUCGCUUUGGCCUGCGACUGAAAGUUGGCUUUGAGUUUUGGCCCACUGUGUUUA